CGCGACUGACGUCGGGUCCACACGGGACCCUUGCCCCCCCAUCCCCAGGGCCUAGCCGCCUACUCCUAGGCUGGCGGACCAACCACCAUAUGCGGGAAGCUAAAGCUGCCACCACCUGCUGUGGUUCCUGACGUAACUGUCGCUCGGCAACCUUCGGACCAGCCGCCGCAAACACAGACCGCGCCAGGGAGGGGUGGGGUGCUUCACCCCUGCGCUUUGUAUGCGUUCAUUUUUCGGUGCCCCGGCAGGCGGGAGCCUCGCGGAGCUGCGCGGGUGACGGAGGAGGAGGAGGAGGCGGCGCUCUCAGCCCGCCAACCCCACUGCCGGCUCUCCGAGGAAGCCGAGGGCGCGGAGGGGCCACUGCCUCUGGAGAAGGAGUGCUGCCACGGGCCGGCAGAGCCGCCAGAGCAUGGCUGCUGCUGCUGCUGCUGCUGAUGGGGACCACUUCGCCGCCGAGUGUCUCGUCUCCAUGUCCAGCGGCGCGGUCGUGCACGGGCCGCACCCCCGGCCCGAGAGCUCGGUCGCUACCGCGCUGCCUCCAGCCCAGGAGCGCCUCGAAUGCAAGGACAGCGUCCCCCUCUUCGUGGUGGCACGGACCCUGGCAGACCUCAAACCGCAAGCGAAGGACCCCAUCCCGGGGGAGCGCAGCGAUGGCGCGGAGGUGCCCAAGACGAGGGCCCCCCGCCCCCCGCCGCCCGCGCCGCUGGUCCCCGAGCCGGUCUUUCUCAGCAGCAGAGACCCAGCAGCCGCGCCCCCGAGCCCCGCGGGCCGCGAGCCUGAGCCAGGGCUGGGGCGCGAACUGGACCGGGAGCCCGAGUCUGCGGAGGGUUGCGACUCCGGUCUCCGACAAGGCGGCUGGAGAGGGAGACGUGGCGCGGAUCUCACAUCCCAGCCGAGAAAGCACACGUGCCACUAUGAGGGCUGCGAGAAAGUUUACGGGAAAUCCUCGCACCUCAAAGCGCACCUGAGGACCCACACAGGUGAGAAGCCCUUUGCUUGCAAUUGGCAGGAUUGCAACAAGAAAUUUGCACGCUCCGAUGAGCUGGCCCGGCAUUUUCGAACGCACACAGGUGAGAAGAAGUUCAGCUGUCCCAUCUGCCAGAAGCGCUUCAUGCGUAGUGACCACCUGACAAAGCAUGCACGGCGUCACACCAAUUUCCACCCAGGCAUGCUGGAAAGGCGGGGUGGCAGCUCUCGGACUGGCUCCAUCAGUGACUGUAGCCGCUCUGAAGCCAGCAGCCCUACAAUCAGCCCUGCCAGUUCACCCUGAAUUCCCAUAGCUGGAUAGAUGGCCUGGAUGUGCCGCUUGGCAGAGCC